UUGUCUGUUAUUAUUAUUAAUUCAAACAAAAACAACAGAAAAUGUUUUUUUUUUAAACACAAAUCUCUUCAUAAACCUUCAUUUUCACUUUGAUUCUGAUUCUGGGUAUUGAAAAUUUUGUUGUUUUUCUGCAUAUUCUUAGAUUUGCUAUUGGAAAGUUUUGGUUUUUGAAGAGAAAUUUUGAGAAAGAAGGAAGAGAAAAAAUAAGCUUAUGAUGCAACGUUUGGUUGAUCAUGCCAUUGGUGUCUCUAAAGAGUCAGUGAAGACUAUUACUUGCGAGUCUUUGAACAAUAUUGUUAGGAUAAUCAAUGGAGUGUCUGCACUUUUGUUGGCAUUACUUCCUGGAAAUGCUAAAAUACUUGAAGGUAUUCAUGGUUGGGAACUCAGACCAACUUUCCGAGGACCACGGCUUCCACGAUGGAUGGAGAAUGGCGCUUCCUCUUUCAACCAAUUCAUCCAUGAACUUUCUGUGGAUUCUGAUAACUCAAGCGUGGAAUACUCAUCAUCCGGAGAAGAAGAUAGUGAUAGAUAUGAAUGCCCUCCAUCUCCCGCAUCUCAUAGUUCUAGAGCCUCUGAAGCCGCUUUUGCUAGAUACAACAGGCAUCAGAUGAAUUGGAUCCAAUACAUCUUACUUUGGAUUUUACUUCCUGUGAAAUUAUUGCUUAGGAUUCCGCUUCGUCUUCUCCAGUUAGCUUAUUUUGUCGUGUCAAAAGUCCUAUGCAUCUCUAGAGAGAAACGCCCUUCUCAUUUACAUGCAUAUAAGAGGAUGCAAAGUAUCAAGGAACAGUUUGUCCAUCGUGCUACUGAUAGGAGACGUGGCAUUGUAGAGGAUCUUCAUCUAGGCACAGAGAUAUGUAUAGAAGCUGUCUUCGAUGUUGUUCACAAGGCAGCACAUCUUGUUCUAUCUCCCUCGAAAGCUUUUGGUGCAUUAUGCGGGUUGUUUUCAUCUAAUGAAAAUGGCAUUAAAGAAAUUCGCAAUCCUGUUGUGGAUGCAUCCGUUUCUGCAGCCACGCUAGGGGGAGAAGGCCCUGGAUCUUCUGAGAGGAAAAUCAACUACGAGUCUCUGAACACAGACACACGUACAUGUCAGGAUGUCAUAACAGAUCUCGGGUAUCCGUACGAAGCUAUUAAUGUGAUCACUGCUGACGGGUAUAUUCUUCUUUUGGAAAGAAUACCUAGGCGAGAUGCAAGAAAAGCUCUUUUUCUUCAGCAUGGAGUUUUUGAUUCAUCAAUGGGUUGGGUAUCUAACGGUGUUGUUGGAUCUCCAGCUUUUGCAGCCUAUGAUCAAGGGUAUGAUGUAUAUCUCGGAAACUUUCGUGGUUUGGUUUCAAGGGAACAUGUCAACAAAAACAUUUCAUCGCGACAAUAUUGGCAGUACUCAAUCAAUGAACACGGUACCGAGGAUAUUCCUGCUAUGAUAGAGAAAAUCCAUCAAGUGAAAACUGCUGAAUUGAAGCUUAGUAAACCUGAUAUUGAGGAGGAAACCGAUGAUGAUCAGCUUUACAAGCUUUGUGCAAUUUCUCAUAGUUUAGGAGGAGCUGCAAUGAUAAUGUAUGUUGUUACACGAAGGAUAGAAGAGAAGCCACACAGACUUUCAAGAUUGAUUUUAUUAUCCCCGGCUGGUUUUCAUGACGACUCUAACAUAGUUUUUUCCGCGGCAGAGAUUCUAUUAACUUUUAUGGCUCCUGUUAUGUCUCAUGUUGUGCCUGCAUUCUAUAUACCUACCCGGUUUUUUCGCAUGCUUGUCUUUAAGUUAGCUCGGGAUCUUCAUAACCUACCUGCGGUUGGAGGACUAGUUCAAACUCUAAUGAGCUACGUUGUUGGUGGAGACAGCUCGAAUUGGGUUGGAGUUUUAGGACUGCCACACUACAACAUGAACGACAUGCCGGGAGUGUCUUUUCGUGUUGCCCUCCAUCUUGCGCAGAUUAUGCGUGUUGGCAAGUUUAGAAUGUUUGAUUACGGGAACGCCUCUGCCAAUAGAAUGGCCUACAAUUCACCCGAGCCUUUGGACUUAGGUAAACACUACGGACUCAUCGACAUUCCUGUUGAUCUUGUUGCCGGACAUAAAGACAAAGUUAUAAGACCUUCAAUGGUAAAGAGACACUAUAGAUUGAUGAAAAGUGCCGAUGUAAAUGUUUCGUAUAAUCAGUUUGAAUAUGCACAUUUAGACUUCACGUUCUCGCACCGUGAAGAACUCUUGUCGUAUGUUAUGUCGCGCUUGCUUCUUGUUGAUCCGAAUUCAAAGCAUCAAGUGAAUCAAAGAGUUGAAAAAUCAGAGCAGAAAGGACAAGAUGCAGCUGACAAGUAGUUUGUACAAAAAGUUUAUACAGAAGUUGUCGAACUGGAAAGUUAGCCGAGUGGAUCAACCAAUAUUUUUUGGCUUGAACAACAGUUCCUCCCUACUCAGGUACUUUUCGCAUUCGUUGCCGGAGCCACUUUGCUUCAUCCAUUGUUGGAUGGAGCACUGUUUGUAUGUUUGAUUAUAGAGCUGUUAUGUGUGUACUAGGGGUCAUCUUUUUCUACAAACCUUUUUCUUUCUCAUUUGUAGGAAAAGUGGACCUUGAAAAUAUGUUACUUGUUGUAACUUGUAAAUAGUGUUCUGAUUAUCGGAACUGAACAAAGGCCAAGAGUGUAGUUUAAUUUUGUAUCAUGUAUUAUUAUGUAUGGUGGUAGUUCACUAGACUCUUAUGCAUUGAUUAGGGGUAAUAAUACUUCAAAUAUGUAAUUCUAUUUUCUCUUAGUUGAGAAAAAUGAUUCUCUCAAGGUUUGAUUAUAUGACAUACUAUUAUUUGCUUUGUACUGAA